AUGGAAAAUGACCCAGAGUUGGACCAGGCGAUUUGCAAUGCUCUUUCCCUACAAGAUGACUAUCCUGACCUUUAUCUGCCUCCGCGUACUCAUGAUAAGUCAUUGGGCAGCCCUGGGACUUUUCCUUCAGAUGUGGAAACACAACUGCCUUUGAAGAACCCAAACAUCCUUCAGGACACCCUAGUAGAACUUUAUUCAGUUCUCGGGAUACCACAAGAAACCCCGAAAAGUAGCACAACUGUUACUGUCAAGCAGGAGGAACCCGCACCAACCACAUGCAUCCAGGAUCAGCUUCAUUUCACGGGUCAAAGCACAGCUGGGCUCAAAAGGCCUUUCCCUGCAGAGGAACUAAAAAGCCCUAAGAUGCUCAGAAGUGACGUAGAAGAUCAGCUUCCUUCAACUUCAAGUCAGAAGUCUAGAAAAAGAACAUUAUACAAUAAACAACAGACCCUCUUUCUUCAAAAACAGUUUAACCUCAAUCCCUACCCAGACUAUGUGAGCCGAUGCUGCUUCUCACAGAUAACCGGGAUACCAGAACCCAGAAUACAGGUCUGGUUUCAAAACAGAAGAGCAAGACACCUGAUGAAAUCUCCCGAUUCUCAGGAAACUGAAAAUGCCGUAGUGGUGGGAAGAAAGCCAACCCUCGUUUGUGGAGGAGCUCCGAGCCCAAAAGCAUGCAAAAAAACAGCUAAGAGAUUCCACACAAGACCUUUCACACCCAGAAGAAGAAACAUGAAGAUCAAAGCUUGGGUCUAUUUAUAUUAA